AUGACCGCAGCCGGACCGUCCAGCAGCACGCAUGUUGCACAGGAACGAACCGAUAAUGAUGGAAGCACAGCCAUGCAAGGAGCACCACUCCUGCCUCAUUCAGUCACCCAGGACAAGAACGGUGCGGUUUUCCAGCAGCAACAGGCGCCUGUACCGUUUGGAUAUGGCACUGGCACAUAUCAACCUAUCCCUCUGCGGAUUCCUGGUUCGGAAAUUGCCUACAGCAAGAAAUGGCACGUUGUGAAACUGGCUUUCCAAACCGCAUCUCUUGUGUGCUCUGCCGUCAUUUUUGGAAUUGGCCUGGCACUGGGCGUCUAUGGUGAACAAUCGGAGGAUUACCGCUGGUGGGAAAUAGACCCCGUUUUUGCCAUUGAUGCCUCGGCAGCUGGACUGGCAAUUUUAUGGACCGUGGCUGAGUUCCUAGUAUUGUAUGCCUCUAAAGGACGUCGAGGCAUUCAUCCCGGAGCUCAUGUCGGUGUUCAACUGAUCAUUGUCCUUGUGGCUUCCUUGGGGGUCAGCAUUGGUGGCGUCUUCGUCUACGAAUUCACGAGAGACUACUACGAUGAACCUGUUAUACCCAACCUCCUAACGGGCCUCGUGCGAACCCUGCUUGCGUUCUCUAGCAUUCUUUGGAUCAUCCACUUCUUCCUCUUCGUUCGAGCCUGUGUUGAAACACACACCGUCAAUGCGACAAACAAGUCCCGAAGAAUCACCUAUGUCCGAGUUCCGGUACCCGUACCAAUGCAGAUGGGCCAAAUACCUCACAAUAUGGUAGCUGGACAACAUUCGAUUCCUGACCAGCAAAACAUAAUGUAUGGCGGUUAUUACGCCCCUGUUGCGCAACAACCUUCAGCAGUCCCACAGGGCUCUCAACAGCAACCUGCUGUGCCUCUACAGGGCUAUCAAGCGUCAACUUCAUGA